AUGUCAGUAUCAUCCAUGGCACACAUAGAUUUUGUACCGGCCUCAGCUGAGGACUAUAAAGAGCUGAUGUCCAUAUCAGGUGGAAUAUACAAUGGAAUGGACUAUCUGCCUUUCAGAUACUAUGAAUGGCUAAAGGACCAUCGGAGACACAUGUUUCUGGCCAAGAGUGAUGGGAAAAUAGUGGCUUUUGAGUCCUUCUUGCUGGUCGAUGGAAGCAGCACUGCUGUAUUGCAGGGUCUUCGUGUGGCCCCCUGGAUGAGAGGACAAGGCAUAACUGGUGCAAUCCAGAGAUAUUGCUUAGAUAGACUUCGUUCUGACCACCCAAAAGUGAAAAGAGUGCACCUAACUCGUGGAGAGGACCCGCCACCCAGCUUGUUGAAGAUGUUUAAAGUGAUCAACUCCAAGGCAUUAGUGUCUAUGAUCCUUCCCUCUAACCAGCUUGAGGAAGACAUUAAAUUGUUGGAAGCUCACCUGGACAAUGUGGGACAAGUCAAUCACAGUGUUCUGGAACCUGCUGAGGUGCUCAAACUCUUCAAUGAGACAAAGACUGUAGAAGAUCUGCUUACUGGGGGUCUCCUGGUACAGGACUGGCUUCCUCUUAGCACCCACAGGUCCAAUUUGGAGAUCCUUUUUGAAAGGAGAAUUGCUUGGAUCUACUCCCAGUCGCGUAAUACGAGUGGUUCUUUGGCACUGCCUGAUGAAAACUCUGCUGGCAGUGCAGAUGGACAUCAAACUAACCAUGAAAACAUUAUGAGUAGGUGGUGUGGAUCUCCAUCCACACCACCCUCUUCUGCUGGGUUCCUCAGCCUUGGCACCCCAGCAUACCCGGUGGCUUAUGCAAACGCCACAUAUGUCUUCCACAUUGACAUGUUUGGAGUUGACCCAGCAAGUCUUAGGAUUCAUGUCUUGGAGCAGAUCAAGCUGUGUAUACAAUCCUUACCUGAAGCGAGCAGUUUAAUCUGCUUCAUGUACACAGAUGAGUGUCUCCGCAGUGAACUCACCGACCUGUGUGAAGGACUGACACCGUUCUUUGUAAUUAAGAACCAGAUGAUCCUAGAAAUGGAGUUUUAA